AUGAAAGAAUACAAAAUUGUGGUUGCCGGAAACGGUGGAGUUGGAAAAAGCGCAUUGACAGUACAGUUUGUUCAAGGAUUUUUUGUACAAAACUAUGAUGCAACAAUCGAAGAUUCCUACAGAAAACAGGUCGAAAUUGAUGGACAACUAUGUCGCCUUGAAAUUUUGGACACAGCUGGCACGGAGCAAUUCUCGGGAAUGCGAGAUCUGUACAUAAAAAAUGGUCAAGGUUUUGUUUUAGUUUAUGCUGUCAACGAUGUAAAUUCAUUUCGAGAUUUAGCGCUUAUGCAUGAUAUGAUUUACAGAAUUAAGGAAGCGAAGCAGGUACCCGUUGUGGUUGUUGGAAACAAAUGUGAUUUAGUAACCGAACGGGUUGUCAGCAAAACUGAUGGUCUAAAUUUGGCACGGCAAUAUGAAUGUUCGUUUGUUGAAUCGUCUGCAAAAACUAAUCAAAAUGUCAACGAGGUAGGUAACAACUUGAGGUUGAAUUAA